AUGAAUUUAUUCACAUGGGAAGGCAAUAGUCUGUCUGAGAUAAGGCAAAAGCCUACUAUAAUUCCGGAAUUGCUUAAGGAGCUAGUUAAACAUCUAGUAGCUACCCAUGAAACUUUGGAAAAUUGUGAAAAACAUAUAAGCAAAGAGAAGUUAGUACAAAGGUGCUACUUGAAAGCUCUUAAGGUUAUAAAGGCUCACAUCGUAUCUGGGUCAAAAUCAAUAACAAUAUCUGAUUCACCAUUGGAUGAAGCUCUAGAGUUACUGAUAAGCUCUAAUAAAUCUAUACAAGCUCAAAAGUUGAGCCUGCUCUAUGAUCGUCUUUCUAUUUUGACUUUAGCAAUUCCAGAGCUAUCUAAAUUUGUAUCUGAUGGGCCUUCUGGUCGCUUUGAAGACAAGGUAAUAAGAUUGCUAUUACCAUUGUGGAAUACCAAGAAUUCUAAUAUUUCUAAUAUAUCCAUUCGUAAUAAAAGUGUAUUUGAUAAAUUUAAUGAUGGGAAUUUGCGGGUCUUGGAUUCAUCUGAUACAAUCUGCAAAAGCAUAGGUCAAUUAAGGCCUAGAACAUCGGUUUCAACGUUGGUAGAAAUACCAGUAGCUCAAUCAUCAUCUACCUCCUCAGCAAUAUUUACAAUUCCACUUUUUGUACUAGAGCAAUGUCUACUUUCUCCGUCUCAAGAAGUUGCUCUGGUACAUGAUAUAUUGUAUGCACUACAAGGUUAUGAUUCACAAUUUAUCCAUUAUGAUACAAGUUCAGACCAAUUUAGAAUUAUGCCCUCAGUUUAUGCACCAGAGACAAUUCGCACAAUGGUAUCUGAAAUUUGUUAUUUAGGAGUUUUAUAUCGUAGAAUGAAUCUAGUUAUUGAUGAAGCAAGCAAUAUCAAGACUAAAAACAGUGGAAGUGUAUGUAAAGCAUUUUUGGAAUCUGUAAAACAAGUGAUAUCAGAUUAUAAUGAAUUUAUUGUAGCUAUGCAGAGUCAGGUACAAGAAACAGUAUCUUAUUUAGCAAGACUUCAGUCUCGUCAAAAUCCGAAUUUGGAACUACUUAAUGGAAAUAAGCAGAUUAUAACUUUGAGAAAGUUGUAUCACAGAGUUUUGGAACAAAUAUAUAGAUUAGAAAAACCAUUUGCUUUAUUUCAGGCAUUAAUGAAUACAAGUAGUAGCUCAAUUUUGUCGGGUUUGUACCUGGGAAUUCACACAGGGCAUGAGUAUCACAGAGGAGUUAUGAUGAAUAUCUUUAACAGAUGCUUACUGUCCUGGUUAGAAAACCUAAAUUCGUUCUUAAUUACAGGCGUAUUAAAUGAGAAUCAAGCUCAAGAUUUAUUUAUAAUUCAGUAUAAAGAAGCUGUGGGUAUUCGUUUUGAAUAUGUCCCUACAUUUAUGCAAUACGAAUCAGCUAGAUUAAUUGGUUAUGUAGGCUUUACCAGAUCUUUGAUACAAAAGGUAAACAAAGCAUAUAAUAAAAAAGGAUUACAGCAUGGAGAACACUCUUUAGUUAAUAAUGAUAAUUUGAAGUCCACAGAAAAUUUAUCGGGAUUCAAAAUAACUUCCGAAAUGGUUUUGAAUUCUUGGUCUCUAUACUCUCAUCUAUCUGGUUUGUCAAAGCAAUGUGAUAAUGAGUUGUUAGAUUUACUUUUUAAUAAAGGAAAUAUAAAGAAUCACUUAGAAGUACUUAAAUUAUAUAUGCUGGGUAUACAUGGAGAUUUCUGGGAUAUUGUUAUCUCAGGUAGUACAAGUGAAUUGGAUAAACCUGCAAAGAAUGUUGUAAUACAAGCACUAAUAACUGUACUGGAUGAGGCUAAACUAUUUCAUGAUAAAAUUAAGAAUAAAAAUGCAUUUAAUAUGAAGAGUUUGAAUAGGAGGUGCUCUAAAAAUCAAAUUAUCAAUUCUUACUUAGAUAGGCUUCGCUUACUCUGUUAUGAGCCUACUUUGGGUGAUACUGGUUGGGAUAUUUAUGGUUUAGACUAUGUUAUUGAUGAUGAUCCCAUAUCGUUUUUAUUAUGUGACAACACUUUAUCACGUUAUAGACGUAUUUUUAGAAAUGUAUGGAAGAUAUUCACUUGUAUAACCAAAUUAACACAGACAUGGUUUAUUGCUUCCAAAUUUAUUAGAAAUAAGAACUUGAAUACUAACAAUAGUUCUACCAAUCUGGAUGAUUACUUUUUAGAUAUAUUGAACAAAGGUAUCAACCUGGCUAGGUGUAUUCUUUUAUCUGUAACCGAAAUUAGGAAUAACCUCCUUUUUGAUUCUAUUGAUUCCUUAUGGAAUUGUUUGCAAAGUAAGUUGAAUGAGUGCGCAAGUUUUGAAAAAGUUCAGAAAGUUCAUCAAGAGUUUCUUGAUGGAAUUGAAGGAAAUCUUUUUAUUUUAGAUGAUGGAGGGAAUAACAAACUGAAUUUGAAGACAAAUAUACAGGAGAUAUCUUUCUCUAUUGAUAGGUUGCUCAGGUUAGGUUGUGAUGUUUCUAGAUUAAUAAAUAUAAUUUUGGCUAAUUUCUCAAUAAAUCAGCAUAAGCAAAAUAUACAUGAACAGUUAGAUCAGUAUGGGAAAACAUUCAGAGAAUGUGUAAAAGGGAUUCUACUUAAUAUAAGACUUUUACAAGGAAAAACUAUUAGAUCAAUAUCUCUUACAUAUGAUACUUUAUCUGGACCUAUAAAUCUACAGGAUUCAAUACUUCUCAAUCUAGAAUCUACUCUGAAAUUUUCUAGAUUUGCCAAGUAA